CCCACGGGAGCGCACAGACGGAACGGAGCGGAGCGCGACAGAAACAUGAAGACUGGCUGAGACUUUGAAGAACCAUUGAAGAAAUCAAUAUGCUGUCUAUUGUGCUUUGAAUCAAGACACAGACACACUUUGAGGAUAACGAGCUAUAGGGACAUUUGGAGCUUUUUGAUGCGCUUUGGGCAGGUUUUGCGCCUCUUGUUGUGGCACAAACAAAUAAAGUGAAUUCAGUUACUCUCUGAGUAACGGUGAAAGACAGUAGUAUGAGGUCACUUUACAUGCCAUGUUUCGUGCGUUGUAUCCUCGUGAUUGUGAUUGCGACCCAUGGGAUGUAGUAAAUGGAGAGCUGCGUUCAACUUUGGACACCUGAAGGCGCAGUCCAAGCUGUCCGUCUUCUUUACAAUGAUAAUUCUUUUCACUUACCUCUUUUACUGUCUCAGCGGAUAUUGUGACUCCCUGCCCCGACCUGUAUAUGACCAUCAGGGUAAUCUUCAAAACAGAAUUAUCUCAAACGAUGGGCAAGAAACUGAACAGCGCGGCGCGUAUAACGCGUCCCCUGCCUCGUUUGUUCGGGAACAGCUUUCAGACCUAUCAAAAAACGGUAAACCAGCCAAUAAUAUUUCUAUAGCUAAUACUUUUGGCAGCAAAAAGUUCCCUCAGGCCAUCAUCAUCGGGGUGAAGAAAGGUGGCACUCGGGCUCUGCUGGAGUUCCUGCGCAUCCACCCGGACGUGAGAGCCGUAGGCGCAGAGCCGCACUUCUUUGACCGCUUCUACGAAAAGGGACUGGAAUGGUACAGGAACUUGAUGCCUCGUACCCUAGAGGGUCAGAUUACCAUGGAGAAGACUCCAAGUUAUUUCAUCACCAAAGAAGCUCCUCGGCGUGUCCUCUCCAUGAGCCGCCUCACCAAACUCAUCGUGGUGGUGCGAGAUCCUGUGACCAGGGCUGUUUCUGAUUACACUCAGACUCUGUCCAAAUCUCCCGGGCUCCCAUCCUUCCAGAACUUGGCCUUCCGCAAUGCCACCACGGGCCUCAUUGACACGUCCUGGAGCGCUAUACGCAUUGGCAUCUACGCUAAGCAUUUAGAGAACUGGCUGCGUUUCUUCCCUCUCUCACGGUUUCUUUUUGUUAGCGGGGAACGUCUCGUGACAGACCCAGCAGGUGAGAUGGGCCGGGUCCAAGACUUUCUAGGGCUUAAACGUGUGGUUACAGAUAAGCACUUCUACUUCAACCAGACCAAAGGUUUCCCCUGCCUGAAGAAGCCUGAGGGGAGCAGCAGGCCACGUUGCCUGGGGAAGUCAAAGGGCAGACCCCAUCCUCAGAUACCAUCGGAGGUCCUGCUCAGACUCAGAGAUUUUUACAGACCAUUUAAUCUCAAGUUUUAUCAAAUGACUGGCCAUGAUUUUGGCUGGAACUGAAUGGCUACUUACCAAAGAUCUUACAAAUUCUCAGUAUCAGUCUUACUGUCUGCGCCCUUGAUUAUGGAAAACAUGCCAUUCUUUUAUUAACUAAGUGAAGAUAACCUAAUGCCAACAAAUAUGUCAGCCUUAGAAAAGUAAUGUCAGUGACAUUUGUUACAAGUUCAACCUUCAGAGCCAUUUAAAAAUGCAAAAACUUAUGAGGGCUGCUGCAAUGAAACAAGCACAAGCCAAACUAGCCAAUGCUGCAAAGAGAUGUUCCCACAGUCUUAAAUGAAAACGGCUUACAAGCCUUGACAAACACAACCAAGACCAACUUAUUUGAAUUUUGCACAAUGGUACAAUCACAUUGAAUAUGAAUGCGUGCUGGUGAGACAUAACAUUCAUCAUGAUUCAGUUCAAUCACCUCUGGAUAUCUGAGAAGACGUUUAUAGUGUAUACAGCUGUACAAAGUUAAUUUCUCUUUCAUUGUUCUCAAUGCAAAAUCAUUACAUAGCCUGUUUUUAUUUAUUUUUUUCUCUAAGAUGUAGCAAAGAUUCAAUGCCUGAUACAUGUUAAACAUACCCAUGCUGUGAUUUUGCUCUUAUUUAUUACCCCCAAUACAUUACACAGCAAUGUAUUGGGGGAAAUAAAUCUGAAAAGAACAUCUGCAACUGUUUGCGGAGUCUCACCUCCACAAACUGUAAUUUCAUGUAACUGUGCAUUGUUAUAAAAGGGUUAAUUUAUUAGCAGACAAACUGUUGUAGAGAUUUUUUUCUUUGAGAAUUUUGUAUUUUAAAAUCUGCUGAAAAUUCUGACUAAAUCUUUUAUUCCAAAAGAUCUUAGUAAUAUUUAUGUGCUGCAUUUCUGGGGGAAAAAAUCACUUCCUUCUCUUUGUAUUCAUUCCAAACAAGUGAAGAAGACAAUGUACAUCUGUUGGGCAGAUGAUUUCCUUUUGGAAGAGAAUUACCAGACACGGGGAAAAACAGACUACAAAACGCAGUCUGUCACUUUUGUAGAAUUUUAAGACUUAGUAAAACUGACAUUUAUUUACAUCAUGUUGAAAUCUCCCUAAAAUCAAGUGUUAAGCUCUUGAAAUGUGCUCAGGCAAUCCCUCAAUGGAUAAAAGGAAAAAGGGUAUAAAGCAGAAGUCUUGGGUUUCUGUUCCAUUAGCUGCUGUUAUUUAAUACAAUCUCUCAUUCAACAUUAGCUGGCUUUCUGAAAAAUUUAACUGUUUUUUGGAUUCACUCUCUAAUGUAAGACUUACCAUCUUUUACUAUUUCAGUUUCUACAUUUGCAGCAGUGCAUGAACUGAUCAUACAGCUUAUUUCUCCCACAUUUAGUCCUAUAAGUGACCUUUCCUUUAAUUUAUGCUGUGAUAUUUUUAAGGAAAAUGCUAAAUUAUCAAAAUAAAUUUGUUUUAUUUAAACCUUUAGAGAGAAAAACACACAACUGAAACUUAGUGUGAACUGAUGUCAGAAGGUUUUUGAUAAUCCUUUUGAGCCCUGUGUCUGUUUUCAUGGCCUCUGCUUGAAAAUUGCAUCCCCAUAAAGUAAUGAGAAUAUCUCCGCAACCACAAGGUCUACAUGAAUAAUUUUGGGGUCAAAAGGAAUACUUGUGAGACUUUUUAAGAUGUGUAAAUAUAAGUAUAUUAGAGUUAAUGAAGAUGGCAGAUAGGAAAACGGAAAAAGGUUUCAGGCUCACCAAAAAAAAAAAAAAAAAAGCAAAAAACAUUUCAAGGAUGAAUUAAAUAUCCCUUUAGAAUUAUACAACCACAGCUCUAAUCUCUACCAAUACACAUCAAGCAUAUGCUCACACUUGUUCAAAUGUACACAUACAUAUCAACUAAGUAAUCACCAUCUCUUUAUUCUAGACCAGUCACACAAAACUACAAACCAAUAGGCCAGUGUUUUUUCAUCUCUACCCUCAUCAAAAAGUUUAAUACAACAAAUAAGAGAUUGCCCAACUUUAGAUAAUACUCCUGCAACAAUAGAAUGAAGUUUUGACAAUAAGCAGUACCAAUGUCAUUAUUACAGCUACAUAAAAAGGGUCAUGAAGAAUCUCAACUUGUGAUCGUCAUGUUAUGUUCAGCUUGUCACCCACCAUCUUACCUGUAUCGUGUAUAUUUUAACCAGUCAGCUCAUUUCCUGUUGCUGCUGGCUGCGCGCUGCUGCCAGCGAGGACUUGGAAAAUGGUCUGUUCUAUGAUUGACAGGAAAACAAAUGAGCAAGCUAAAUAUUUAGCUGCUCAUUCAAACAUACUGUAAAAGAGUU